AUGUAUGCUGACGAUCAGCAUAAACACACCCUGAGGGAGAACCACCCUUCUCAGAAAGCGGCUGCGAGUCUUCACUGCACACUGUACCCCCCGACCCCCGCUUCCUGUGGGGAAGCCCUGGCUCCCAGGGUUAGGAGGACAUUUGUUCCAGGAGAACUCUGGGGACCUACAGCUGAGGACGGGAAGAAGGUGGGCUUGGGCCUGCAGCUGAUGGGGCUGGACACGGAGUCAGUGAAGCUUCAGCUGGCCCCACUGGGGGCCCUGAACGUGGAUGGCCUCUUAGCUUCCUGGAACGUGGGCUGCUCGGCGAGGGGUGCCCUGCGGCAGGGCGGCUCACUCCAGCUUGGACGCUGCGGCCGGCGCACGCACAGCGUCAAGGGCUGGGUCCCGGCUCCGCUGCACGCGGCUGCCUCGCGGGAGUCCACCUACAAAAAUACAGGAUUAAUUGCCGGCGCGAUACGCACGAUCCGCGCGCCGCGAGAGCAGAUGGCACGCCCGGCCGCGCGCAGCGUCUGCACUUCCGGGCUUCGGGGCUGCGGCGCACCGCAGCGCUCUUCCUCUGCGGAGGGAAGCAGGUGUGCCUGGCUCCGUGGAAAGUGGCCGCUGCAGAUGCCGGCAAAUCAGAUCCUAUUUUUAAAUGUUCUGCGGGAGUUUGCCCUUUGA